CUCUCCGCCCUGCGGUGCCGCUCAACGAGCACGCUGGCGCGCAUGGGCUCGCGUCACUGCUCAUAUAAAGGGCCGCCGCUUGCGCCGCACAGUCGGCCUAGCGAGGCGACCGUCAAGCGCCUCGCAGCUGAAGCCGAGAUGCAGCAGAAGAUGUGGGACCUCUUUGUGCCGGAGGGCGGCAUCCGGUUCGGCGACCGCCGCUUCUGGGUGCUGUUAUCCAUCGUGCUGGGGCUCCAUGCAGCAAACAUGUACAAGGACAGCCGAAAGCCGCGCGAUCUGGGGCUGCCGGAGGGCGCGGUGCGGAGGCUACCCGACGGCGGCUUGCUGCUGGCCGACGGAUCGAUUGCGAAAAAUGCCGAGGCAGCACCCGCGGCGCAGCACACGUUGCAUCGGGUCAGGGAGGCCGGCGAGGACGACACCGCACUCGGAAGUGCGCUGCGGAAAAUGAAGGACGCUGUGUGAGAUGUUGUGUGGCGUGGUCGGAGUGUGUUUUUCGCGCCCGCGGCUCGCCGCUGCGAGUCGCGGUGCGACGGCCGACGGGACCGACGUGCGACGACGUACCCGCGCGCGCGGCCGCGGGGGGGGGGGGGGGGGGC